AGAACCACAGCUAGUUACUGAAGGAGGGAACCUACUGAAGCCUCCCUCCUCAUCUUUGUCGUUAAUCUCACUUCAUUUGUACUGUAAGUUGGUGUGGAGGACCCCGUUGAAGACAAGCGGACUUUCCUUCCAGGAGCCCGGCAGUUGCUGUUGGUGUUGUGGUUGGUUGACUUUGGUGGGAAGGGGACACGAUGUCUAACAACAUGGCGAAGAUCGCAGAUGCUCGGAAGACGGUAGAACAACUGAAACUGGAGGUCAACAUAGAGAGGAUGAUGAUAUCCAAAGCAGCAGCUGACCUGAUGGCUUACUGUGAAGCUCACGCCAAAGAGGACCCCCUGGUGACACCAGUGCCUUCCUCAGAGAACCCGUUUCGAGAGAAGAAACUAUUUUGUGUAAUUCUGUAACAGCCUACACAUCUACACUUCCAGCUUUUUAAUUUGUGAAUUAAAUUUCAGCUUACAUAACAAACACAGUGAGGAAUUCAGUUUUGUAAUUGAGGUGACCAACUUUACCUGAGGAAUGACGAUCAUGUGAACGUGAUAAUGAUGGCAAUAAAGAUUUAUUGAAAGCGGGUGCAAAGUUCAUUGAAACCGGAAGGCCCUGCAGCUGCCUCUCCUUCUGCACACAGAUUGUAUCUGAGCUUAUAUAUUAACUAAAUUGUAUGACUAACUUCUCAUUUUGGCAUCACUGUUUUAGACUAAUUUAAGGUAAUAAAAGCAAAAAAUAAAUGACAGAUUUGUUGUUCACAGUUUGCUGUGCUUCUAAGUAUGUUUGCUCUACAUUAUGAAAUAUGAUAUUAAUAUUAUAAUAUUAACACGUCAACGGUAUGUGUAUCUAAU